AUGCCCACAGAUUCCUCUGCUGCGUCUGGCUCUAGAACAAUCGGGAAAUGUAUUUAUGCGGCGUUGAUGCCGCUCAUAGCCGUCGUCGAGGUUUUCGUCUUCGCCGUUGCAGGUUGUUUCAACUCUCAUCGUCCGCUCUCCGUUUUUCGUUCUCACAAAUCUUCUUAUACUGCUGCCGAUUUCGCUCGCCUUGCUCAAGAAACCAGAUUCACUGCUAAUGAAGUGGAGGCAUUGCAUGAACUGUUUAAAAAGAUAAGUAGCUCUGUAAUUGAUGAUGGCUUGAUUCACAAGGUGGAGCUUCAAUUGGCACUAUUUCAAACCCCAAAUGGAGAAAAUCUUUUUCUGGAUCGAGUUUUUGAUCUUUUUGAUGAAAAGAGAAACGGUGUUGUCGAUUUUGAAGAAUUUGUCCAUUCGCUCAGUGUUUUCCAUCCUUACGCUCCUAUGGAUGAAAAAAUAGAUUUUGCAUUUAAGCUCUAUGACCUAAGACAAACAGGGUUCAUUGAGCCAGAGGAAGUCAAGCAAAUGGUUAUAGCUAUUUUGAUGGAAUCUGAAAUGAAUCUUUCUGAUGAUCUUCUUGAAGCUAUUGUUGACAAGACAAUCGCCGAUGUUGAUCAAGACAAUGAUGGUAAAAUCAGUAAAGAAGAUUGGAAAGCUUUUGUGAGUCGAAAUCCGUCCCUAUUGAAGAACAUGACACUUCCUUAUUUGAAGGAUAUCACGACUGUGUUUCCAAAUUUUAUAUUCAAGUAA